AGUUCUUUGAAGUUGCUUUCAGUUGCUGAUACCUGAUUUGCUUCUAUUGUUGUGAUGCUUAAAAGAAUCAAACUUAUAAGGCAUGCUCUUGAAUUAAUGGUUUUGAGUGAGCAAUGGAUGCAAUAUCGGGCUGAUGAUCAAGGUAAAGCGAGAUUUGUUCGAGAUCUAAUUUUAGAUGAAAAUUGGUGGGUGAAGCUUAAUUAUAUUAUUUCUUUUACUGGACCAAUUUAUAAGAUGAUUCGAGUAUGUGACACCAAUAAACCAUGUCUUCAUUUGGUUUAUGAAAUGUGGGAUUCGAUGAUCCAAAAGGUGAAAAUGUUGAUUCAUGAGCAUGAAAAUAUUCAACCGACGGAUUCUUCUUCUUUCUAUUUAGUCGUUCAUAGCAUUCUUGUUGAUCGUUGGGCAAAGAGUAACACUCCGCUUCAUUGUUUAGCUCAUUCUUUGAAUCCAAAAUAUUAUUGCGACAAAUGGCUUAAAGAAGGACAAAAUAGGACGCCCCCUCAUAUGGAUGCAGAAGUCUCUGUUGAAAGGGUCAAAGGCUUUAAGAGACUAUUCUCAAGUGAAGAAGAUCGUACCAUUGCAAUUGAUGAAUUUGCUAAUUUUUCUCUUAAGAGUGGGCCUUUUGGAGAUCCGGAUUCUAUUGGUAGUAGAUCUAAUAUGGAACCUAUAAAAUUGUGGGCAAGUUAUGGUUCACAUGCUCCACUUCUUCAAAGGUUAGCUUUUAAAGUUCUCGGGCAACCUACAUCUUCCUCUUGUAGUGAAAGGAAUUGGAGUACUUAUUCUUUUAUCCAUCCAGUUAUAAGAAAUAAGUUAAAUCCAAAACGUGCUGAAGAUCUAGUUUUUAUUCACAACAAUCUUCGUCUUUUAUCAAGAAAUUCUUCAGUGUAUAACGAUGAGAUAACAAAAAUAUGGGAUGUUGGUGGAGAUGAAUUUGGAAGUAUGGAAGAUGUGGGUGUCCUUUAAUUCGCAAAUCUAUCCUUAGAUGAACCGGAGUUAGAAGCAAUGGUGAUUCAUGAUGAUGCAAAUUUCAAUAAUAUGGAGAAGGAGAAGAACAACAACGUUGAAGAAUUGUGAUUUUUUUUAAUUUAGUAUCAAAUUUAUUUAUUAUUCUAGAAUAAUUUUUUUAUCUUUUUAUAUUUUUCGUGUUAUAUU